GACUCCGGUGGCUAGGUGGUGCUUGACCCUAGGCUGAGCAGUGUCUUUUCCCUCAAGCACCAUGCAGCUCUUCCUUGCUGUGCUGGCGCUGGCUUACGUGGCCCCCUCUACUGAAGACUCACAUUGGUGCUAUGAGAUUCAAGCCAAGGAGCCCAGCAGCCAUUGUGUGGGGCCUGACCAGUGGCCUGGAGACUGUAAGGAGAACCAACAGUCCCCUAUUAACAUCGUCACUGCUAAGGCAAAGUUGAACCCCAGACUGACACCCUUCAACUUCGUCGGUUAUGACAAAAAGAAGCAGUGGACGGUUAAAAACACUCAACACUCAGUGGAGAUGACACUGGAAGGAGACAUGCACAUCGUUGGAGGAGACCUGCCUACCCGGUAUGAGGCCGUACAGUUGCAUCUGCACUGGUCAGAGAUGAGCGACAAGGGUUCAGAGCACAGCAUUGAUGGGGAACACUUUGCCAUGGAGAUGCACAUUGUGCACAAGAAGAUGACAUCUAACAGCAACAAGGUGCAGGACUCCGACAAGCUUGCAGUGCUGGGGUUCAUGGUUGAGGUAGGAGAAACGACGAACAAGGGCUUCCAGCCCCUGGUGGAGGCACUAUCCAGAAUCUCCAAACCCUAUACAAACUCGACAGUGAGGGAGAGCAGCCUGCAGGACAUGCUGCCCCCGAGCGAGAAACUGUAUAGCUACUUCCGUUACCAGGGCUCACUAACCACACCAACUUGUGAUGAGACCGUCAUCUGGACUGUGUUCAAGGAACCCAUUAAGAUCCACAAAGACCAGUUCCUGGAAUUCUCAAAAAAGGUGUAUUAUGACGAAGACCAGAAGUUGAACAUGAAGGACAAUGUGAGGCCCCUGCAGCCUCUGGGAAGACGCGAGGUGUUCAAGUCCCACGCCCCAGGACAGCUGCUGUCUUUGCCCCUGCCCACUCUGUUGGUCCCCACACUCACCUGCCUGGUGGCCAGCUUCCUGCAGUGAUGGUCCACUUCUGGAUAUCUGACCUCUGACCUCAGCCUUUACAGGAUAUGGCUUAUCUUCCUUAAUCUUUCCAGGUUGAACUUUGGGAACUAUUACAAUAUGAGAAGUUGGCUGUGGUGUGCACACCUGUAAUCCCAGCCCUGGGGGAAGGGGACAGAGACAUGUGGGUCUCUGACCUCCCUCUAUCACCAGAUUAAAUGAAAUAAAGUAUGGA